GGCUCAGUAUUGCGUGCGAAGAGCUCGACUUGUCAUUCAGAGGAAUCCGCCACCUGAAACACGAGGAAGUGAAGGCGACUCAAUUGGGUAUAAAACAUCAACCACAUCUGCCUCUAGCAUUGCAAACUGAUAAAAACAUCAGUUUAGAACUCCGGCAGACGUUUGUUUAAAUCGCCCAAGGAAUGUGUCCAGUUUAAAAGUAUAAAGAGCUACAACAUUUCAAUUAAUUCGAAUGACACUGUAUUAACAUUAUACUGGAUUUUUAAAAUAGCAGAGCUACAGGCGCACCUGUUACCUUCUCACUCGCAGUCUAAGAUCAUGAUUCCACCGGGGGACUGCAUGUAUGCUGGCCGGAAAAGACGGAAGCCCAUUCAGAAACACAGGAAACCGACAGCGGUGAGUGAGAAGUCCAACCCGUCAAAGCGGCACCGGGAUCGGCUGAACGCGGAGCUGGAUCGCCUGGCCAGCCUCCUGCCAUUCUCGCCAGACAUCAUCUCCAAGCUGGAUAAACUGUCUGUGCUGCGGCUGAGCGUCAGCUACCUCAGGGUCAAGAGCUUUUUCCAAGCCAUUCAGGAGAAGCCAUCCAAAAAGCACAGCAGCCUGCCCUCCAAUGAGGAUGCCAGGAAAGACAGCCAGCCAGCAGGGACCGGCCUCACAGAGAGUGAACUCUUACUGGAGUCCUUGACUGGUUUUGCACUGGUGGUGAGCACAGAUGGGAUGGUUUUCUAUGCCUCAUCGACCAUUGUUGACUACUUGGGCUUCCAUCAGACUGACGUGAUGCACCAGAAUGUCUUUGAUUACAUCCAUGUGGACGACCGGCAGGAGUUCCGAAGACAGCUCCACUGGGCCAUGAACCCGGCACAGCAGGUGGCCAACCCGGACCACCAUUUAGCGGCAGGAACUGGUGAAGACUUUGUGGUCAGCAGCCUCUUCGGUUCUCAGGAGCCAGGCAGCAUUCCUGCAGAGUUCUCCUCCUUCCUCAACCGCUGCUUCAUCUCGCGGGUGCGCUGCCUGCUGGACAGUACCUCCGGCUUCCUGACCAUGCAGUUCCAGGGAAGGCUCAAAUUCCUCCAUGGCCAAAAGAAGAAGACCCCAUCAGGCACGGUUCUGCCCCCUCAGCUGGCUCUCUUCUGUGUGGCUGUGCCUCUCCUGCUGCCCUCCAUCACUGAGAUGAAGAUGAAGAGUAUGAUGAUGAGGAACAAGCACAAGGGCGGGGUCAUUACUGCACUGGAGCACAAUGAGAGAGAGGACCAUCUGAAGAGGCAAGCCAGCACCGGGGGGAUGGAUGACAGCGGGGACAUCCUGCUCUUCAACUGCCCCGGCAACUCGAGCGGACAGCUGCGCCACCACACGCCCUGGACGCCCUUCUCCAAGGAAGGCGUCAAGUACAAGGUGGAGGGGUACUACUCCCAAGAGGAGCCGCUCAAUUUCUGCAAGUCCUCCGUGGGUGGGCACAGGGCUCACAGCCUGGAGAACCCAUGGACCAUGCGAGCCUCUGUGGGCGCAAUAAGAGUGGGGCAAAACGUCAACCUGGCGCCUAAUAGGAUGGGCAAGUCCAGCCACUACGGGAAAGCAGGGGCGUACAGAAUGUCUCCCAGCUGCCACGGGGGCAGGAACGAGGCCUACCUGCCCAAGCUGUACGGCAGCAUGCAGAACCCGGAGAUGGAGAGCUACUGCAUGGACACCGUCAAGAGCGAGAACGGGUACGUGGGCCACGGCGAAUGCUACGACGGGCGCAUGCUCCCCGAAAUGCCCAUCAAGGUGGAGCAGGAUUCCGACUCGGAGAAUGGGUGCGACGUGUACGGCACCCCUCACGGCCGCGCGUGGAUGUGCAAGGAGCACGUCGACAAACGCUACGGGAUGGGCUACGACGGCCUUCAGCUGAAGGCCGAGGCGGAAUACUACGAGCAGUACUCCCCUUGCCUGAAAAACAAGGGCAACCUCAGUCCCACUUUCAAUGGACACUACCAAAACAUGUGUGCUGGGGGCAACCGGCCCCUGAAAUGUGUUCUAAACAAAGACCUUACCCAGUUCAGCCCCCAGCGACUGUCCCACUCUGACCACCUGAGUACGAACUGUAUGAACAGCCAAAUGUACACCAACAGCUCCAUGGAUCAUAAAGGCUACAUGCCGCAGGACUACAAGUUAAGCUACGAGUUCAAAGGUCACAGUCUGGUGCAUUCCAUUAAGCGUGAACCCGUGGACUCACCACCCUGGUCUGGCAGCAGCCAUGGCAUCAGCCAGAUGCCCGUCCAACACAAUAUCAUGCCCAACUGUGUGAUGAACACAGGGGUAGUGCACAAGACCAACCCCUACAUCUAUAUGCAAUAACUGUGAAUUCUCAUGAACCUCUUUCCCAUUUACCAUCACAGGAAAAAGCCCAGGAAAGAACUAUUGCUCAUGUUCAAGGCUCAGGUUUAAGAACAGUGUUAAACUUAUAUGACUGAAUAAGACUGAAGGUCCACCCUCUGAGAUUGUUUUUGAAACGAUCAGUGGAAUUGCAAAAUGUAUAGUUUAUCAUAAGCACUUUUAACAUUUAUGGUGAUAAUAAAUAUUUUGAGAUUCAUACACUAUGUUCGUGUUUCUGUAUCGUGGACAUCUUACCUUGUGUAGGUUGUUGGAUAUUGAAGGUCUGCUAUGUAAUGUGGGGGGAAAAGGGUGAAUUUUUGUUUUUGUUAAUGCAAAGGGAUAGACUGUUAUUCAGGUGGGAGAGAGAAAGUGGAAGAGACGCACAAAGAUACCAAUGUUAUACUGUAUAUUGCAUUUUCAUGUAGUCUUUGAGCUAAAAUAUGACAUCUUUAAACAUAGUUUAGUGUUAAUGUGUAUUACAAUCUGGUUUUUAUCUGAUUUUUUAAGCAGUAAGAUUUUCUUUUUAAUGUUUGCUCCCAGGAGAGAACGAAACUCAAUGAAAUUGAAGGGUCAAUAUAUGGUACUGCAUUUGUACAUAUUUUUUUUAAUAUUUUGAAAACCUUUCUGAUUUUAUAUCUUUCUAUAAAUUCUACCUGCACUACAAUUUACCUUCGGUAAUUGUUUAUUAAUGACUCCAUUUGAUGCGUUUUCUUGUUAAAAAUUGCCCUCUUGUUGUCCAACUGAAAAUACAAUUGCAAUGUGUAUGAAUAUUUAUUAUUCAUACAGUAAAUAUUAUUGACACAUAGCCUUUCAAGGCGAUUCCUGGAACCACACAAACAGUGGAAAUUUUCAUUAUGCACUCAAGUGAAUUAAAAUUAAGUGAAUAAAAAAUGUAAUUAUAAAUGAUGAUUACCCUCUCACUUUCACUCAUUGCAAACAGAAGAUUAUCCCAAAUAUGCCAUUUGCUUUCUAUUUUAUGUGUAUAGUUAAACUAUUAAUCCAGUGAGAUUUAGUCAUCAGUUACAUAUGGCAGCAUACUGACUUUGUACCAUGGUACAGCAAUACAAUAAUCAGCAGGUUGAUUGCUGAAAUGCAACCUACGGUGAACCUACAUUCAACGUAAAAGAGACUUCACACUUGUGUUACGCAUCUUAAAUUAUUCAUGUGGUAAAUUAAUAGGGGUAUUAAGAAACAAGUUCUAUCUACAGAGAUAAACUUUUGAAUUGUACAGAUGGGAUUCAUUGGUUUCAUACACUAAUGUAAUCAUUCUUUUAAUAAAAAAUAGAAGAAAUUCUGAAAUGAUGUGGAAAAGAGCUGUCAAUGCAGUGCAGUUUGAACCAAUGACAACUGAUAUUUUAAAAAUUCAUUCAGAAAAAGAAUGUCCAUGAUGCUUUCUCUUUCUCUUUUUCAGCUUCCAACUUUAAAUUAUUAAUCAUAUUAAGAGGCUGGGUGGCUGAAAAUACUUUUAGGGAUUUAUUCAAGUAUCAAUUCCACUAAAUCUAAUAUUUCCUUGUAUGCUCUCAUCUCCUUUAAAUGUUAUGCCUUCAUUGGACAUACUGAGAUGAGUAGCUCUAUUUAGAAAUAGUUUCAAUAUUUGGAUAGCUUUUUGGAAGCAUAUUUAUGAAAUGCAGACAUUCAAAAAUAGUUUUUGGGCUCAAAAUUCAUAGAUUUUGUAGAUUUUGUCUCCAUUUUCAGCAGUAAUAUUGUCUGGGUCUGAGUUUUGAGGAUUGUGUUUGUGAGUCAACAUUUCAAAAUCAAAUAAAUCUACUACUGUGUGCUAUACAGCCAUUGAGUAUUUUUUUUUUUUUUUUUGCACUUGCACUAUGGAACUGGAUUAUGAAUUUUACUGCUACCUAGACAUAAUGUCAAGUUGACAUGCACAAUUGUAAAUUGCUUCACUUUUUAAAUUGCUGUUUUGUUUGUGUUUUGUAAAAAAAAAAAAAAUAGUGUCCAAUGUUUUGUAUUUAUUGUCAAAAAGUGAGAGCUUCAUGCUGUUUCACAAAGGAAAAAUGGCUUUUUUUCUUUCUUUUUGAAAAUGCAUUAACUAGUAAAUACACAUAAGCUCCUUGGCUAACUUUGUAGCUGCAAAGCAGCAAUUACGUAUUGCAGCAUUUUCUCAAUAUUUUUUCUGUGUUUUUCAAAAAUACAUCAAUAAAAUUGUCAUAAAA